CGCGGAGGACUCCCUACAAUUGGAGUGACAGGGAGAGCGCCGAUUCUCGUAGUUCCCAAGGCGCCAACCAUCUCCCGCGCGGUAUGUAUUUACUGCGUUUCCCCCUGUGGCAUACCAGGGGGCAGGGAGAUUCCGGUCAAGGCUGAUGGGGACUAGGGCAUAGCAGCUGUAGUUACAUGGACAUCGGCACUGUCGAAGCUGUGGGAGAGCUACGAGUAGUGGUGGGAGCGAUGCCACUGGAAGUAUGCCUGCGAAGUGCUAGUUCUUAUCAUCAGCCAGUGCAUAGCAGCUGUGGUUUUGCGGACAUCGGCACGCUCGAAGCUGUGGGAGAGCUACGGGCAGUGGUGGGAGCGAUGUCUCCGGAAGUAUGCCUGCUAAGUACAAAGCAGUUCCGAAUUGCAGGUUUUGCAGAGGCGGGCCGUAGCGAAGAAGAUGGCUGAUGUGACGAAGGAAUAAAAGAGAUCCUAGACGACUCCCAGAUCAAGCGCGCUCACAACCGUACGGGGCGAUUGUCUUCUCUCGGCGCAAGGUUGCGCUGUUGGGAAUUUGAAGUCGCACACCAUAGCGUUUGAAGCGAAAGCAGUGCCAGUCGCAAAGAUCGGCCGGUUUUCUGCGGCCUUGGCCGUUGCCAGCUUGGUCGU